AAGGAGAACUGUCGGUCAUAUUUCUCUGCCCUGGGCAGAGCAGAUUUCUCCGUUCUUUCCCACGGCCUUGACAAAAAGACCAUCCUGUUCAAUGAUGCAAAGGACUGCCUGGGUAUAUCUGGUGUGAGCCUGACCAGUUAUCAGGUGGAGGUUCUGGGGAAUAUGGCGUGCACACUGGACCCCUCCUACAUCCAGAACUCUCACCCUCUCAUUUUGGAGAAACUGAAGAACUGUGGAGAUCUUUCUGAUUCUCAGAUCACUGCUGUACAGUCUUUGCUCCUCAGUGGGAACACCGCUUAUGGUUAUCCCUCAACGUGGAAUGAGCAGACCGUGGAGCAACUCAGCAUCCUGGCUGUCUAUUUCAAGUCAGACCUCUGCAACACACUUAGCUUUAAUGUAAAGAGGAAGUUCUUUUCAGUCCUGAGGAGGCAGAAGAUCCCGAUGAAGAAGCUAAGGACAUUCUUUACAGAAUGCAACUCAGAAAGUGCUACAGUGAGCAACAUCACAGCGGUGACAAUUGCAGAUGCGUCGUUUCCUUUCGGCUUUAACUCCACCCAGUUUGAUCUGUAUCUGGACAUCGCUGUCCUGCAGAACAACCUGGCAGCCAUCACUGAGAAAGUGGUGGACACCAGCUUCCAGACCGUCAUUCUGAACAAGUUAAACCAGAUUUACCCAUCAGGCCUUAAUGAUGGUGUGCUGCAGCUACUGGGUUCCGCUUCUCGUGUGGCCACUAUUGAUGACAUUAGCAAGUGGAACAUUACCAUAAUUGACACACUGUCCUCUUUGAUGGACUCAAAUGAUGGACUCUGGGAACCAGAAAAGAGUAAAGCGGUUAUUAUGAGGUAUCUGAGCAUGGGGAAUCGCUCUCUGGGAAGUGCUGAAAUAAAUGCAGUUGGUUCCAACAUCUGUACUUUAAACAUCAGUGUACUGGAAAAUAUCAAUGCUGAUAGCCUAAAGGAGGUCCUGUUUCCAGAUCUUUCCUCAUGUACCAUCGAACAGAAAUCCGCUCUGUACAUCACAGCCAACACUUCAUUCAGCAAUCAACGCAGCAAAGCAUACUACCAAAUUAUGAGACCUUACCUGGGUGGAGCUCCUGUGGAGGGUAUACAAGCUCUUUCUACCCAGAACAUCAGUAUGGACAUCACCAUAUUCAUUAGUCUGGACCCUGCUGUUCUCAAGAUCCUGAAUGUGAGCACAGUGAGGGAUCUAAUGGGGGUAAACAUAGCUGAUCUGAAGCUGUUUGAGAACUCCUCAGUGGUUCAGUCCUGGGUGUCACGACAGAACCAAUCUGAUCUGAACACACUGAAUCUUGGCAUCAUCAACCACAACCCUUGUUAUGGUGUAGACAGGUGACCUUUUUAAUCAAAUGAAAAACGAGCAAACUUUAUAGAGAACGUUUUUAGUAGAUGUAUAACAUUAUUCUUUUUUUCUUGAUAGCGAGUUCGCAUCUGGAAAUGUUUCUGCAGUACUGUGCAACUUCAGCAUUCCUGCCUAUGCCUGUUCAUCAGUUAAUGCUCAUGAUCUGGCCACACUGCUCACAUGCAAACUGACAAGCAGCCUGAACUACUCUAAAGACGCUUGGAAGCUUUUCUUCCAGAAUUUUUCUGGACCUUUGGAUGAUGUACUGGACAGGUUUUCA